GGAGACAUCCAACAUAGAUUGCAAAAAAACAUGACUCAUCUUCUCCAAUCUCUCUUGCCCAUGUCUGCUCUCACUCUGCCGAAACGACUUGUCGUUUCCUCCUCUCUCACUUUACUUCUUGACCGUUGCACAAGAUCAAAAAAGCCCUUAUACUCCAGAAUGUCGGCCACGUCAUCAACUCCCCUGACUCACUCCAUCUCCUUGCCGAGUCAACUCGGCCAACCCGUCCAAAUUGUUGCCUCUCCUGGCCUAUCCGAUUCCGAGUUCAGGAGUGCUAUUGAGUCAUCUUUAUUUAAAAAAUGGUUGAAGAAUCUGGAGAGUGAAAGUGGGAUUUUGGCUAAUGGGGACAUGACUUUAACUCAAGUUCUUAUUCAGGGAGUUGAUAUGUUUGGGAAGCGCAUUGGCUUUCUCAAAUUCAAAGCAGAUAUUAUUGAUAAAGGAACAGGAAAGAAGGUUCCAGGUAUAGUAUUUGCACGAGGACCUGCUGUAGCUGUGUUAAUUCUUUUGGAGUCAGAUGGCGAGACUUAUGCUGUUCUCACUGAACAGGCUAGGGUCCCCACAGGGAGGCUUGUUCUGGAACUGCCUGCUGGAAUGUUAGAUGAUGAUAAGGGUGAUUUUGUUGGCACUGCAGUUCGUGAGGUUGAGGAGGAGAUUGGUAUUCAAUUGAACCUGGAAGACAUGGUUGACCUCACAGCCUUCCUUGAGCCAUCUACUGGAUUCAAAGUUUUUCCUUCUCCGGGAGGAUGUGAUGAAGAAAUUGGCCUUUUUCUGUACAGAGGGUGUGUUGAUAAAAACAUUAUUACACAGCUGCAAGGAAAAGAAACAGGUCUUCUUGAACAUGGUGAGCUUAUCAAGGUUUGUGUUGUUCCUUAUGAGAAACUUUGGCGCAUGACACCUGAUGCAAAGACUCUGAUGGCAAUUGCUAUCUAUGAAAUGGCCAAGAAAGAAGGAUUAUUACCUCAUAAAUCCUAACCUGCAAAGGUCUGUCAUUGCUGGCUCCUUUUUGUUGUAUGGCUUGAUCAGUCAUUUUGAGGUCAUGGAACCAGGGGCAACAGUUGUCUUAGAAAUCAAGUUAUUUCUUGUAGCCUGUAUUAAGACGUGUAAAACUGUCUGAUGGAGCAUAGGUUUUGUGUCACAUGUUGACGAAUUUACUUCUAUCACAGGAAAAUAAAUUUUACAAUAA